AUGACAACACUAGACUCUAGCCCUCCUCUCUACCCUGAAGCAUUAAAAGAAUUAGAAUCAAUAAAUACAAAGGAAGAGCCGGAGUUAAGCACCGCAAUGUAUGAAACUCUCGCCGAAUAUUAUAACAAGAACAAGAUCAAUGUAUGGAGACCUAUCAUUGACAAAUCAUAUAACGAUAUCGCAAAUCUUGAGGUUGUUCGUGCGAAGCAUCAAGCCUUGGAAGUGCUAAUCGAAAGAAUUGCAAUCGUACUGUAG